CCACAAGAUGGAGGGCCCAGAUUCAUCAACUGAGCGACAACAUGAACCAUUGAGUGGCAACGAACCAUGAAUGGUUUGUCGCAUGACCAAUCAAGUUGGCCUCUGUAUAUAGAGAGAGAUGCGAAAUGAACUCAAGAGAAAGAAAGCUUUGAUCUGAAUUUCUUUCUUGUGAGAGAAAAAAGAAAUAGGAAAGAUGAGUGCUGUUGAGUCCGUUGUCAAGCUCCUCCUACAAAAACUCAGUGACCAGUUCCUUCAAGAAGCCCUUUUCUUACGUGGGGUUCGAGAUCAAGUUGAAUGGCUAGAGGCAGAAUUUAGGCGGAUGCGAUGCUUCUUGAAAGACGCAGACGCCAGACAAGAUGGAGAUGAAAGAGUGAAGAAUUGGUUGCGGGACGUGAGAGAUGUUGCAUAUGAUGCUGAGGACAUCAUCGACAAUUUUACCUUCAAGAUAGCAAGCUUGAGGUCUGUGGGCUACAUUAGAAGGUGCGUUUUCUUCUGUUCUGAGUUGAUAGCUCUCUAUAAGGUGGGCUCAGAGAUUGAACGGAUAAAGAAUAAAAUCCAUACUAUCUCCGAAAGUAGGUCGACUUACGGAAUUGAAAAUAUAGGCCAGGGAGCAGAGACAAGCUCUGCCGGUCUAAGCCUCCAAGAAUGGAGGCUUACUUCUCCUAAUGUUGAAGAACCAGAUUUUGUUGGUUUUGAGAAGGACUUUGAGGCAUUGGCUGUACAGUUGACAGGGGGAGAGCUGCGACGUUGCGUGGUUUCUGUAGUUGGGAUGGGUGGUCUUGGUAAGACCACUCUCACCAAGAGACUUUAUAACACUGAUAGUGUUAAGAACCAUUUCCAUAAUCAUGCAUGGAUUUCUGUAUCACAAGGGUAUUCUGCGAGAGAUCUUUUGCAGGUCAUUGUAAGACGCUGGUCGGUGCUCUCUUACAGGGUGGUGGAGACAAUGGACAUUGCUGAGGUGAGAGACAUGAUCUCUGAGUAUCUAAAACACAAGAGAUACUUGGUGGUACUGGAUGAUAUAUGGACAAAAGAAGCUUGGGAUGCUUUGAAGGAUGCAUUUCCCGAUAUGAAUAAUGGAAGUAGGGUCGUACUUACCACACGAAACAAAGACGUAGCUUUGCAUGCAGAUGCACAAAGCCAUCCUCAUGAAUUGCCGUUUCUAAACAAGGAAGAGGGUUGGGUAUUGUUUUGUAAGAAAACAUUCCCAGGCCGAGAUGGCAGUUGCCCACGGGAAUUGGAGGAGUUAGGGGGUAAGAUUGUGGGAAAAUGCCAUGGUCUACCUCUUGCGAUUGUAGUCAUUGGAGGGCUCUUAUCAAGUAAAGAACCAAGGGAGUGGGAGAACGUACACAAGAGCAUUAGCUGGCAGUUUGUCAAGGGAGAAGUUCGAAUCUUUGGCAUAUUAUCUUUGAGCUAUAAAGAUCUGCCCUAUUACUUAAAACCAUGUUUUCUCUACCUGGGCAAAUUUCCAGAAGACUAUGAGUUCCACACCAAGGAAUUGAUUCAAAUGUGGGCUGCAGAAGGGUUACUUGAAGAGAGAGGGGAAGAAACAUUGGAGGAGGUUGGAGAAGAUUAUCUAAAGGAGUUGAUACAGAGAAGUAUGGUUCAAGUCGCAAGUAGAAGUUCAAGCAGGGGUAUUAAAAGUUGUCGCAUCCACGAUCUUUUGCGGGAUCUCUCCAUAUCAGAAGCUAAGGAAGGUCUGUUUCUUGAAAUUCAGCAUGGGAAUGCGAAUGUUGCUACGGCAUCUAGAGCCCGUCGACAUGCAGCUCACUUUAAUGCCCCAGGUGCGUACAUUUCCUUAAGCUUUUCCACUCCACGACUUCGUUCUAUGUUGAUCUAUGCCCAAGGCUAUGCAUGGAUUGAAAGGAAACGAGGAAAGUUUCUCUUCAGCGCCUUUAAGCUGCUUAGGGUGCUAUAUUUACAUGGUGUAAAAAUAAAAGAGCUACCGAGGGAAAUAGGUGAACUAAUCCACUUGAGAUACUUCGGCUGUACCAACACUCAUUUAAAAAGCCUCCCAUCGUCCAUAGGCAAUCUUCCCAAUUUACAAACUCUAUCUGUAGUAUCUGUUGAUAACAUAGAAGUACCCAGCACAAUCGAGAAGAUGAAACAGUUAAGACAUCUUCAAGUGAAGACGAUCAAACGUGAGAGGAAUUUUUUUUGUUGGGGAAAAAUAGAAGGGCAUCCAAGGCUUGAGCUGAUAAGUAACCUCCAGACUCUAUCAUUAGUAAAGGCUGGGAAAUGGAUGGAGGGUUGCCUGGGAAACCUCACCAAUCUUAGAAAAUUAGGAAUAGCUUUAGGAGCAGAAGGAAGAGUGUAUGAAGAGGUAUUGUCUGAAUCCAUUGUCAAAUUGGACUGCCUCCACACUCUGCGUUUGUCAGGUAAGUUACAGAAGUUACCCGAGUCUACUGAAUUCCCAACAAAACUCACCAACCUCACCUUAUCACACUCCGAUUUAGAGCAUGACCCACUGGCGACAUUGGAGAAGCUGAAAAACCUCCGCAUUCUUAGAUUGCUUAGUAAGUCGUAUUUGGGAAAGGAAAUGGCUUGCUCUUCACAAGGGUUUCCUCGACUCGAAUACUUACAGCUUAGAUUGUUAGAUGUUGAGGAGUGGAGAUUGGAGGAAGGAUCUAUGCCGAGUCUUUUACAUUUACGGAUCGCUAGCUGCUGGGUUUUAAAGAAGCUUCCAGAUGGACUGCAACACGUGACUACCCUCAGCAAAUUGGAGGUGUGGUGGAUGCCCAGUGAAUUCCAAAAAAGGCUUCAAAAAGACAGGGGAGAGGAUUGGCAUAACAUUCGGCACAUACCCUCCGUCGUCGUACGCAAUAAUAGGGAGAAAUACGAAGCACACUUAUUUCCUCCUGAGGGCUGCCUAUGACAUUGAUUGAAAGACUAGGAGCUCCGAUAUAUAAGAUUUUUGGAGCAUCUUCGAUCUAUAGUGGAGCCUAUCAAAUCAAAGUUUGGAGCACAAAACUAAUGGCCCCACUUGCAACGCACAUCAAGACACUCUUAUAUAACCAAAUCCUCUAGGAACUCAUACUUCCUAUUUUAUUCAUGAUUAGUUUUUAAAGUUAGGUAUGUGCUUUUGAGUUCCUUUUAUAAGUUUAUGCAAACAAUUUCUAGUACAUAACUUUCUGGUUUUAAUUAGAAAUUUCAUUUCUAGACAUUUUUCUCACAGUAGAGACUGUGACGACGCGCACAUGCAAAGUGACCAAGAAAAGUGAAGAAUGGUGAAAUGGUGACUAGACGGUGAAGUGAUGUUUGGAUCAUAUUUUCUAAUUGUAACUUGAGGAUGUAUGUAUUUUUUGUUACAGAUCUUUCUAUAUGAAACCAAAUGCUAAUAUCCAUUAUAUGUUUUGUACUUCAACUCACACAAACAGAUCAUUUAAUGUUUGAUUUAUUCCACUGUAUGCAUUAUCUACUUGUAAUUUGUUAGUUGAAAAUUGAAAUGGGAAGCAAUUUCUUUACAGUGUUGACCUAAGAGGGCAUCCACCAUUUUCCCUUUUUUGUAGGUAUCAUACUCUACAUAACAGAUAGAGCCAUAGUGAGCUCAGAUUUUCUUUCAUUUUGCACAAUUGACCCCAUGGUUCAAGGACACAUAUAGUUGAUAUAAUGCGAAAUGUUCCUAACCAUUGUUUCUAUGGCCUUCUCUUCAUUGAAUGUAAAAUGUUGUUAUAUAUCUUUUUCAAUUAAUUUCCUAUCUGCUGGCAAUUAAUUAAAAGAUUAGGGAUUACACAUCUCGAAGACUUAUUGAAAGAUGGGCAUGUUAUAUGGAGCAUCCGAAUUAGGCCAAUCAUGCCAAUAGUUCAGAUCACUGAACUCAUGCUCAAUUGUUUUGAAUCGGUGACCAUAACCAUCUAAUCACUGAAUAGGAAGUAGGCCAUCCACAUCUAUCAUACUAGCAAAGUUCCAUCAUUCUCUAGACCAUCUAUCAUGUGAAGUCCGCCCUUGAUCAUUGACUGCUCCCAAAAAACCACUUUGAUCAGAUGAUCCCAACCACCCCAUCAAAGGCUUAGAUCACUUACAUAUGGUGGAUGCAUGUGUAUAAUUUGCAAACAUCUGCAACCUUUUAUGCAUUUCAAUAACGGUAUACAAAAAUGGCUACAUAACGGCCAUAAUUGUUACUCAUUACAGGGCUGAAAUAGCCGUAAUGGCCAUUAUAGGAAAAACUGCCUGUAACAGCCCUGUAACAGUUCAUACUGACCCCAUAAUGAGUUUUUUUCAAAAAGAAAAAAUAAGAAGAAAAAAAAGGCUGUAACAGUAACAGCAGUGCCUGUUACAGCCACCGUUAUCGUCAUGGAACACGUUGAUUUCAAUUUAGCUAAGAAAUGAAAAGUACUGUAAUGAAAGCACCACCAAAUGUUAGCUAUGGGAUUAUCGUUAGUUCUUUUCAUCCUAGAUAUAUUUGGAUACAUGGAAUCUGUGCAGACUCUUGUGCAGAAAUGAAAAUCGUUUCACUUGUCAAGAUGGGCUGUUUGGAUACAUGAUUCAAGACCUCAAUCGUUACUCUUAUCCACAGUCAGAAGCCUCUGAAAACAAGAAACAAGUUGACUGUAGUGGAAUGAAUUUGUGAAUUCCACUUCCUAUCCAAAAAGAUUCUCAUUUUUCAGAAUUCUAUUUUCUAGGGUGAUGAUGGAAGCUAUCAUUUGGGUAACCAUGAAAUGAUCCACGGAAUACGAACGGAAUCCACAUAUCCAAUCACGCCAACAAGUGCUUCAUUUCAUGUGAGCUGGCUGGAUCUCUGUCUUUCAGAUAAGGCAUCUUCUUUGUUACAUUUGCACUAUGCCCCUCCUAUAGUCAGUGUUGUCAUCUUCCACAGGGGCUUCUGUCUGGUGUUUUCCAGGAGCAGCUAAGUUGUGCAAAUGUAUGUAUAUUGGAUGUAUGGUCAUAGGGGUGCUGUGUAAUGUAUGUAUGGAUGAUUUGGUGCCUGGUCCUUAUGGUUGUUGUCUGCUAUGGAAUGCUAGCCGUGUGCUAGUCGCACAGAAUGUUUAUAUAUAUAUAUAUAUAUAUAUAUAUAUGGCUGAGAGUUAGGCCGAAAGUUUCCCAGGUUUGAUAUGCUGCCCAGGUAGGCAGGCAGGAUGCUCAGCAGGGGCUAGGCUGCGAGCAAAGCUGGAGUACAGAGCUGUUGUCCAUGCUGAACACUUUGAUGUUGGUCUUAUGAGAGCAGAAUCUGGGCAGUCUGGGAUGUAGGAAAUAGGCCUGUGGUUGGUCGAAUGUUGGAGUCUUAUAUGGGUUGUCUGGAAGUGUUGUUUGGGGUGCUCUGCCUGGAAUGUUGGAGUCUCAUAUGGUUGGUCUUUGAUGUUGUCUGGAAGCUACAGUCUGGGUUGCUUGUGCUUUGGGCCUUUUCAGUCAAGCAAGAAAGCUCUAUGAUCUGUUUUAUUGCUCUGUUAUGGUGCUCGGCUACUUUAGGUUUGGUGUGGGGUUGGUUUAUGUUUAUUGGGAGCCAUUAGUCUGUAGAGGCUCGCUGUUUGAAUUGUGGUAGGUGUGCUCUCAGGUUUCAGACACUCUGUUCUGCCUAGAAGGAAGCUAUCUGCCGGUACUGUUUUGGGGCAGUGUUUUUUUCAGCCAUUGCAUAUUUAUUUAUUUAUUUAUUUUGCAGCAUUUUAUGUAUAUUUCUAUAUCUUUCUUUGUUGGGGUAUAUGAUAGG